AAGGGAGGGGCCUGCAUGCUUAACACGUGCCUACGUAAGAGACCUUGUCUACCAGGGGAAUUAGCAGAUCAGCUCACAGAGCAACAAAUGUGGCCCACACCCAAUCAAGGGAGAGAGAAAAAAAAACACAUUGUGCAUGGGUUUCCAACAGUUUCACAAAUUCAUCACGGAAAGGGAGUUAAAGGAAAACUCAUUGCUUGACUUGGACUUGUAUUGACUGUUCAUCAUGGAGACAUCAACCACAGCAGUUACGACAAUCCCCUCGACAUGGAUAGGGGCCCUCAACGACCCGGUCACAGAACUCUUCACACAAUCCUCCGUAGCUGGAGUUCUGACAACUCCUGCACAUAUGACUGAAACAAUCUCAGAUGCUUUUGUAGGAGUUCUGACAACUCCUGCACAUAUGACUGAAACAAUCUCAGAUGCUUUUGUAGGAGUUCUGACAACUCCUGCACAUAUGACUGAAACAAUCUCAGAUGCUUUUGUAGGAGUUCUGACAACUCCUGCACAUAUGACUGAAACAAUCUCAGAUGCUUUUGUAGGAGUUCUGACAACUCCUGCACAUAUGACUGAAACAAUCUCAGAUGCUUUUGUAGGAGUUCUGACAACUCCUGCACAUAUGACUGAAACAAUCUCAGAUGCUUUUGUAGGAGUUCUGACAAUAACUUCCGCAGAUAUGACUGAAACAACCUCAGACACUCUUUUAGUGGGAGCCACCAACACAUAUGAGGGAUCCUUUGAAGCCAUUUUCAUAGAAGUAAUUUUUCCUCUGUUGGGGGUGCUGGUGCUGGUCGGGGCGCUGGUACUGUGCUACAUCGCCAAGCGUAAGGGCAAUUACCACACCUACGAGGCCGAGUGUGGUGAUUCUGUCGACACGUAUGGCAGUGCCUCUCAAAUUGAACAGGUUCAACUAGAGAUUUUGAACGAGGAAGAAUAGAAAGAAGAAUACUUCAUUUGAAACAGGACUUUUUCCGAUUCUAAACCGGGGCCAGUUGUCAACUCAAGAUGCCAAAUAUUUUCUACGGAAUUGGAAAAGCCUAUGAUGGUCAUCUAAUUUCAAGGCAACAUUUAUAUGGGGCAUACAACCAUCUCAGCUCUGCAGAUUUUGCCACGAAGAUAGAAUCAUUAGAUCACUUAUUUUUGUAUUGCGCAUAUAUACACUAUACUCUGUAUAUACAAAAUUAUGUGGACACCCAUUCAAAUUAGUGGAUUUAGCUAUUUCAGCCACAUUACAGCCUUAUUUCCCUCAUUAAUCAAUAUACAGAAGCACUUUUAUAAACAAUUAAUAUUCAUUACAUGUGACUAACUUCAAGCUUACAAUUAUAGUACAAUAGUUAAACCAAUAUCAGAUUGUUGAGAUUUCGAAAAGACGUAAAAGCUAGAGAAAUUAACAAUCCUAUAAUAACAAUAAUAACCCUUUUAUUUUCCUUUCUUAAAAUGUUUAUAUUCAAAAGAUAGUACCUUGUUUGAAUGUCUAUUAUGAGGAUGUUGAGCGGGCUUAAUGUAUAAUAAUGUAUAGCAUUUCUGAAUGUAAUAUCUGUUUUCUAUUUUUUGACGUCCAAUAGUAAUCUGAGCUUGUAAAAUUAAAUCAAGGCAUAGGCAUCUUUCCUAACGCCAAACUGGA